AUGGCCGCCUACGACAGCAACCCGAAUCAGGGACGAAGGAUUGUCGGAGCCAGCGGCCCACCUGGAAAGCCAGCACAGAUAGUUGACCGCGUUCUUGACCGUAUUGUGGACCGCCUCGCUCGCGGCGAGCUCGCGCCCGGCUUCGACCCGCUAUCUAGCACUGCAGGUAGCCCGGGUAGCGCGGGAGAGGCCGGCGGCGGUGAGCGCCAGGUGCCGCGGGCUGGUGUCGCCGACAGCGGCGGUGGUGGCGGGUUCGUCACGUACGAUUACGAGGCCGUACCCAGGUCCAUUGACAUCGACGCAUUCCGUCGGGCCCUGUCAUCUGCGUUGACGGAGCAUGUGGGUGCCACCGGUGGCGGUGCCGGGCUGGCGAUGCAAGGUGGCGGUGAGAUGGCGCGCAGGCUGAUGGCGGCGUCGCCGACCGAGCGGCAAGCCAUAGCGGAAAAGGUCGCCAAUGAUAUGGCCGACAACGGCGUGGAGAAGCUUCUAUCGGAGGAACCCGUUCCCGUGGUGCGCAGCCGCCUGGCUGGUAUGCUGCAGCGCAGUGGCUUCUUUUGA